UUUUUUUGAAGAUAUUCGGCGCAGGCUCUUCAAUGGGAACCGGUCCAUUAUCAGAGUUUAUGAGUUCAAUAGAAGUAUUUAUUUUUUGUAUGACUUAUUCUCAUGCACUUCGUAUUGGAAUGGAGCAUUCUAGUGGCGUUAUUGGAGCUGAAACUGUUGGGGUAAGGAAUAAAAUAGUUCCAGUACAAUCAGCAUUUCGAGCUUCACCUUCUGGGUAA